CCAGCUGGCAGAACUGGGGUUUGGUCUGUGUCCGACAGUACACUACAGGAUCAGGAGAAGUACCACCAUCGAGCUGCAAAGAUGCUGGUCAGAGAUGUGCUCGUCUUCUGUCUCGUCAGCGGGAUUAUGAGCUGUAGAGCUGACGACACGACUACAACCGCUCCUGACACCGACACUACCACAGUGAUCACCACGACGCCCUACACCAGCAUCAGCACCAGCAUCCCGACGACCACGGCGGCUCCCAGCAUGAGCAGCACCACCGCGGCGCCCACUGGCACCACCGCGGCGGCCACUGGCACCACCGCGGCGGUCACUGGCACUAGCACGGCCGCCUCUACGGCCACCAGCACCGCCACCACGACUGGCACCACCGCCAGCUCGUCCACGGCCAUGUCGACGUCUACGACGGCGACGCUGAGCACUGCCUCGACCUCCAGUGGCGCCAGCACGGGCAACUCCACCGCCAACGCGACGGCUUCCACCCUCAGCAGCGCGACCACCGCCACCUCCACCACUGCGGCCCCGCUGACGAUUUCCAAGGUGGGCUGCAGUACACAGAAAGCCUGCCAGAGCAGUCCCACAAACUGCACCCCCGGCGUCACCUCGGGGUGCUUCUUCAUGUCCUCCCGUCUGGUGGAAACACGUGAUCAGGGGCUCCAGUUCGAGAUCAGCGGGCAGUCUGUGGGGUACAUCAGCUUUGGACUCUCUCUUGACAAUGGAACGGUAAACAGUGAGGUCUAUAUCUGUGCUCUGAACGGCACCAACGUCUAUGUCUCAAGAGCCAACUUCACAGGAAGCAGCAUGAAUCUGCUGCCCACGGACAACAUCAACACUGUGGUGGGAUCCUACAUUGGAGGAGUCAUCAGCUGCUCCUUUGUGGCGUGGAACAUCUCCACCACCACGCAGUACUACAUAUACCUGGCCAAUGGGACCAUCGGAGCCGGGAUGCUGAUCCUGCUGUCUGGGCUGAUCUUUGGGAUGUACUAG